AUGGGUAAUACUUUAAGCUGUUGUAGUGGGAAAGGAGUCAAUAACGAUGACCAUGAACAUAAAGAAUUGAAAAGUAAUGAUUCCCUUAAUAAUAUAAUUAACUCGGAUAAACCAUUACAAAACCAAAAAGAUAUUUAUAGUGAUGAAAGAAGACAAGAAUAUGGUACUUGUGCAAUUUGUAAUAGAUAUAAUACAUCAAAAGGGCAGUGUAAAUCAUGCAACCAAAACGAUACUCAAGAUGUUGUCAAAGAAGAAGUUGAUAAACCACCAGAGGAUCUUGACAAUCAAUUCGGAAUGGAAUUGCCUAACGAAAUUAAAGAGGAUCUUGAUAAUCAAUUUGGAAUAGAGUUACCUAAUGAAAUUAAAAGUGCCGAGGGCAAUGAAGAUAAAGUUAAGGAUAAUGAUGGUAAUGACGAACCACCAGAGGAUCUUGACAAUCAAUUUGGAAUAGAAUUACCUAAUGAAAUUAAAAAUGACGAGGGUAAUGAAGACGAUAUUAAGUUAUCUGAGGCUGAUAAAGUUAAGGAUAAUGAUGUUGAUGAGGAACCACCAGAGGAUAUUGAUAAUCAAUUUUCAAUUAAGUUGCCUGAUAAUAUUGAUGACAAUGAGCCUCCAGAAUUACCCGUUGAAAUCAAAAGUAAUGGUGGCGAUGAAAAACGAGUUGUUGAGGAUGAUAAACCCCCAGAAGAUAUUGAUAAUCAAUUUGACAUAGAAUUACCUGUUGAAAUCAAAAGUAAUGAUGGUGAUGAAAAACGAGUUGAUGAGGAUGAUAAACCCCCAGAAGAUAUUGAUAAUCAAUUUGACAUAGAAUUACCCGUUGAAAUCAAAAAAGAUAUUGAUAAUCAAUUUGACAUAGAAUUACCUGUUGAAAUCAAAAGUAAUGAUGGUGAUGAAAAACGAGUUGAUGAGGAUGAUAAACCCCCAGAAGAUAUUGAUAAUCAAUUUGACAUAGAAUUACCCGUUGAAAUCAAAAGUAAUGAUGGUGAUGAAAAACGAGUUGAUGAGGAUGAUAAACCCCCAGAAGAUAUUGAUAAUCAAUUUGACAUAGAAUUACCCGUUGAAAUUAAAAGUAAUGAUGGCGAUGAAAAGGAAGGCGAUGAUUAA